AUGUGGUUGGGCUGGUGCCAGUGGUUCCCUGUACAUGUGCACAGAUGUUUUACGUUUGGGCGCCUCAGGUUUACCAAGACUCAGAAUAAUUUUAAGGUUCUAAUGGCAGAAACACCCUCGAUUGAGACAGAAGUAGCUGGUGUCCUGGACACUUCAGUUCAGCAAAACGGAGACACUGGGAACCCAGAGCCUGCGGGCCCCAAAUUAGAGCCGGAGUCAGGAAGCGAGGAGCAAGCCUUGCCUGCAACCCCGCGCCCUAGCAAACGAAAUAAACGGCGAGGGAUACCUGGGGAGCGUGUCGUGCCGCCUCCAAAGAAACGGCGGGCUGGAGUGAGCUUCAGCGAUGAGCACUUUGCAGAGACCAACUACUACUUCGAGAAUGGGCUGCGCAAGGUGCGCCCCUAUUUUUUCGACUUCAAGACCUACUGCAAAGGCCGCUGGGUGGGCCACAGCUUGCUGCAUGUCUUCGGCACAGAAUUCCGAGCCCAACCCCUGGCCUAUUACGAAGCUGCAGUCCGGGCGGGGCGCCUGCAUCUCAACGAGGAGCGAGUCCAGGACCUCAGCAUUGUGCUUAAGGACAAUGAUUUCUUGCGGAACACAGUGCACAGGCAUGAGCCACCGGUCACAGCAGAGCCUAUUCGCCUUCUAGCCGAGAAUGAAGAUGUGGUAGUUGUAGACAAGCCUUCCUCCAUUCCUGUACAUCCCUGUGGCCGCUUUCGACACAAUACAGUCAUCUUCAUCCUUGGCAAAGAACACCAACUCAAAGAGCUACACCCAUUGCAUCGACUUGACCGCCUUACCUCUGGAGUGCUCAUGUUUGCCAAGACAACAGCUGUCUCUGAAAGAAUUCAUGAGCAGGUUCGGGACCGGCAGCUGGAGAAGGAGUAUGUAUGCCGGGUAGUGGGGGAGUUCCCUGAUGAGGAAGUGACCUGCAAGGAACCCAUCUUGAUGGUAUCUUACAAGGUAGGGGUGUGCCGUGUGGAUCCCCGGGGCAAGCCCUGUGAGACAGUAUUUCAGAGAAUGAGUUACAAUGGCCGCUCCAGUGUGGUACGGUGUCGGCCUCUCACAGGCCGCACCCACCAGAUCAGAGUCCACCUCCAGUUCCUUGGCCACCCUAUCCUCAAUGACCCUCUCUAUAAUUCAGUUGUGUGGGGCCCCUCUCGAGGCCAGGGUGGCAACAUUCCCAAGACAGAUGAGGAACUUCUCCAGGACCUGAUGGCAGAACACCAAGCCAAACAGAGCCUUGAUAUGAUGGAGCUCUGUGAGGCUGACCUUUCUGUAGGACUGACAGAUUCUACAAGCCCCUCCUCAGAGUUGGACAAGGACAGCCUGGAAGAAUUGGCUGCAGAUGCUCAGAAGGUGGAUAGAGCAUUUGAGGCAGCUCCUGAGGAUCUGGACACAUUGGCCAUGGCACCAAGGAAUGCAGCUGAAGCAGGCGUGAAUCAUGAGACCGACCCCCUCUGUGCAGAGUGCCGCCUUGUGCGGCAGGACCCCUUACCCCAGGACCUUGUGAUGUUCCUGCAUGCCUUGAGCUAUAAAGGGCCAGGCUUUGAAUACUCUUCACCCAUGCCUACCUGGGCACAGGAUAACUGGAAAGAAGACUGA